CUGCCUCCUAUUGGACGGAGAGGCGGAAGCGACACAAACACUGCUAACAACAACACUGACCGUUUCCACCGAGUUUGUGUCUUGUGGAGGAGUUUUUGGACCAUCAUGGCUUUACCAGCCCAACUCAGAGCCAUCCAGCACCAUCUGCGGACCGCUCAGGAGCAUGAGAAACGGGACCCGGUGGUGACUUAUUACUGUCGGCUCUACGCCAUGCAGACCGGCAUGAAGCUGGACAGCAAGACUCCGGAGUGCAGGAAGUUCUUGGUGAAGCUGAUGGACCAGCUGGAGACGAUGAAGAAGGAGCUGAAUGAAAACGAUUCCAUCACUCAGGAGGUGGUCGGCAACGCUCACAUCGAAAACUACGCCUUAAAGCUGUUCCUGUACGCCGACAACGAGGACAGAGCAGAACGGUUCCACAAGAACAUGAUCAAGUCCUUCUACACCUCCAGCUUGUUGAUGGACGUUCUGUCUGUUUUUGGGGAGCUUUCAGACGAGAACAUCCAGCACCGGAAGUACGCCCGCUGGAAGGCCACCUACAUCCACAACUGUCUGAAGAACGGCGAGACCCCGCAGUCCGGCCCCAUCGGCAUGGAUGAGGAUGAGGAAGCAGACUUUGGAGUGGAAGGUUUCUCAGGACAGAGCUUCUCACAUGGAGGCUCCUUCAGGGCAGAUCUUCCCUCACAAAACCAGAAUCAGGAUCAAGGUCCAGCUCCAGGUAUCGGCUUUGCACAGGAUCCGGGAUCAGGUCCAACGGGCCCCCCUGCAUCCAACUACAACAACAUCCAGAUCCCACCAGGGGCCCACGCACCAGCCAACACUCCGGCAGAGCUGCCUCCUCCUUCAGGAGAAGCUGGUAAAGCAAUCCCUGCUGCCCGGUCGGUUCCUGCUGUUGACCCGUCACUGCUCAACGCCAAGCAGCAGGGUGGCGUUCAGCUCUCCCCCGAAGACUUCACCAAGGCGCAGAAGUACUGCAAGUACGCCGGCAGCGCUCUGCAGUACGAGGACGUCAGCACAGCCAUCCAGAACCUCCAGAAAGCCCUGAAACUCCUCACCACCGGCAAAGAAUGAACUCUUUGUCUGUCUCCAGUCUGACUCCUCCUUCCUCCUCUCCUUUUCUUCCAUCUCAACCCCCCACCACUUUUUCUCCCCUCUAUCUGUCUCCAAUCUGGCCCAAAGUGAGCCAAUGGCCACUCUCGAGCGUCAGACGAGGACACGAUGGGAAUCAGACGGAACAAUGGUGGCCUGUGUCCACCGCCGCUCCAAUCGACGGGAUAACUGACCAACCGACUGCAGGACAUGUGGACUCAAAGCCUCGCUAGUGACUCCCUCCAGCUGGUAACGAGCUCAUCCUCCUCGCUGUGGUUCAUAUCGCUCUGACUGCAGGUUCAAAAUAAAGAAGAUAGAAAACAACAUCUGUAGGUCCAAAACUCCAACCUGAGUUUGUGUCAUUUUAUCAACUCAAGCUUUUUGUCAACAGAAGCUUUUUGUCAGUCAAUCUCCCCAGAAAUGCAGGAGUGAACUCACUGAUGGCUUCCACUGCCAGGAGGACUUUGUGUUUUUAGAGCUUAGGUUUGAUCAACAAAGCUUUAUUACAAAUGUAAAACUACAGAUAUCAGUUUGGAUAAAUAAAUCGUGUAAUUCCUGCAAUAAAUCGUUACACAGCUGGAUCAUUUGAUCCAAACUCAAAUUAGUCAAUAUCAACAUUAACAAAACCCGUAUUUUGGCUGAAGUUACUUAUCUGAAUUUAAUCAAAUGACUUUCAACACUUAAUGAUAAUUGUGACUUAAAGUUAGUUUUAAAUUCCUGUUUAUUUUCACAGUAUUUCAGAGUUUAACAGGUGAUGGGAUUUGAUUGUAAAACCUUAGGAUAAUCCUUUUACUGCUGGAAAACGUUAUCUGGAAGGUUUGUGCUGAUGCACAUUAAAUUAAUUUAAACACAUUUUUCUCUUAGUGCUGUUAAUUUUAUGCUAGUUUCCUUUUUGGGAACCUUUACCAAGCUGACUACUGGCGCCUGUAUUUGCUUGAUUUCUCAGUAUGAAAGCUGAGACUCGGUGCUUAUAGUUGCAAAUUAAUGGACUGUGACAACAAAACCAAACUUCUUAAGCUCAACAUAGAUGCACCAACUGUGCAGCCAAUGUUUCUCAGGUUUUAAGAAAUCUUUCCACUCUUAUUUGACUGUUCAAUGCUGAACUGAAACCUUUGAACACCUGAUAAUGGCCUCAAUGUUGAAUGUUAGCUCACAGGUAUUAAGAGUUUGGUUUUUUGUUUGAUUUUUACAACAGUAUGUUGAUUUAACAUACUGACUCGAGCCAUUAGCAUGCUACUGUAACAUUAGUCCUUACCUGCUAAUAAACAUCUUGAUAGAUCUUAUCUGAUAUUUACAAUCUGUUGAUAUAAAAAUGAAAACAUCCUCAGCUUUGCUCUAAAUGUCUCAUUCAUCACUAGAAAUUUGUACAAUAAAGUUCAGAGGUUGUUUGAAUUAUUUGGUAAACUAAUCAUUUCCCAUUAGCAUGCUAAAAUUAGCUGUAGAAAGCUGUUGCUAGUUACAGACAUGCCAACGUGAUUUUUAGCAAUUUUAUACUACAGUGGGAAAUUCUAACUAUGAUAUUUAUCCACAGUUUUGUUUGUAAUAUUCACUCAUUUAUUGCAAAGUGCACUAGAAAUUAAUAAUUUGACCCAGUACCAGUGAAGUGCAGAGAUUGAUGGAAUGAAGUUUCCUACUUCGAACAUUAGCAUGCUUAAAUGAGCUUUAAAUGAGCUUUAAAUUAACUUUGUCGUUCAAACUUUACUUUUACACACUAAUGCUAACUCAUUAAUGGACAUCUCAGCUAACCUUGCUUUAAAAUCUAACAUAUAAAUAAAGAAAACCCACAGCUGUAUUUUAAUGACUAAUAAAUACACAACACAUUAAAAAUAUAUGAUUUGACAUCAUUUCCACUAAGAAGAUAAUGCUAACACCAGCAUGCUAAACUAGCUUCACAGUAGCAUGCUAACCAUGCCAUCAUGCUUAUUAACAUUUUCCCAACUUUAUCCUUUGAACUUAAAGGAAAAAUAGAACAACUGUUCUUAUUGUCUACUAAGUUUCCAUAAAGUGUAUUAAAAGUGUAAUUUAAUCCUCCACUGUUCCUACAGGAAGUCGUACAGAGCAAAAGUUAAUUAGAGGCACUAAGCUGGUCAGAUUUGACCAAACGCACUACAACCAGUUAACUGUAAUUUUAAUGUUACAUUUAACAAGGCCCAACCAGCUAAUCCAUGCUAACAUUAGCAUGUUAGCUUUGUUAUAGUGAUGCUAAGUUGCUAAAAAACCAAGCUAUCGCCACCUGUUGUGUUCUAGGUGGCAUAUAGAUAAUAUAAUAAGUGAAUUAACAGCAUUAUUUUCUUCACUGUGAAUAAAAAGCCAGCGUUCUACUCACUGUUCAUUACACUCUACAACCUGAGAUCCAGACUUUGAAACCUUUAACCUGUGAUGAGCACCACUUCUUCAUCUGUUAAAGGUUUAGAUGCUUCCUGGAUUGAAACAGGAGCCAAAUGCUUUAUGUUACCAUGACUCAACACCUACAAGUGGGUGGAAACUGAUUUUUACUAUUCCUUGACCGAGCUUUUGGCUGCAGAUUAAACCUUUUGUUAAUUUCUUUCCUUGGACACCUGAGAUGAAUUCAUUAAGUGGAACUGAACUCAUCAGACUGAGACUGAACCAACGACAAACAGCUGCUUUCUGUCCAGCUAAACGCUAGAAUGGAUUCAGUCUCAUUGUUUAUCCUGUUUGGACCGUCGACAUGCGUCUCACAGAUUCAUAUGGAAGAAACCGUAGAAAACGACGCAGCCAGAGGAUUGCAGAGUGAGGGGGAACCAGCUAAACCUUUUUGUUUCUGAUGUUCACUGUCAGCUGAUGGAGACGGGGCGCUGUAGUCUGAGCUUUAAAUCUUUUUUCUGCAUUUUGAUUUUAAUCUAAUCUUUAUCAGCUGAUUUAGUAACUCAAGGUUUUCACAAAGUUUGCAAGAAUCAUCACUGCAGUUUGAAUAAAAUAUCUGAAAUGA